AUGUGCGUAGCAAGCACCAAUUGUUCAGCCAUACAAGAGCUGCACCUUUAUAAUGUGGAAUUUCCGCAACAAAGAAUUUCAUUUGGAUUUCUUGGUGAAUAUUUCAAUAAGGUGCGUAUGCUCUACAUUGGCUCAUCCAAUGUCACCGCCAUUGAUGCGGGCGCUUUCAAAAAAGGCAUCUUCAGGAAGAUUCAGUUGGAGAAUUUAGAAUUGGAGGAAUUAAACAAGACAAUUUUCAAGAAUACUACUAAAAUUUUCACGAUACUUUCCAUCAUACAGCGAAAUAAGCCAAUAGAAUUAGUUUGCGAUGAUUUUCUGGGUUAUAUCAAAUACCAAAUAAAAAACUUUACACUGCAAGGCAACAUCAAGCACAUAACUAAUACGACAGCAUCGAGUAGUUUGCUCAAUAGCUUGAGAUAUCUGGAUUUGAGUUAUAACAACUUUACCAAUACAUUUACCGAAGAGACGUUCGAAAAGUUGUGGGUCGUAGAAUAUUUGGACUUAUCACACUCGAAUAUACAAUACCUACCCGAUUAUGUGUUUUCCAAAAUCACCGACACACUGUUAUACCUCAAUUUGUCCCAUAAUCAGCUGACCACAAUAAAUCAUUUGAUUUUCGGCAGACAUGCAAUUUAUGAUGAUUUAAUUAUCGAUUUGAAUUAUAACCCCUGGAAUUGUACGUGCGACUUGCGCACGGAAAUGAAUUCAAUACUGAUCUUUCAAAGCAAUCCUCCGACAUGUCACGAGCCCAUCGAAUUAGAAAUGGUAUCGGUAUUGGAUGAGCGUAUAUGUCACAGCGAAUUGAAUAUAACUGCAAAUUCGACAACACUAAAACCGAUCACUACAAUAGCAGAUUACGGCAACGAGUACAUUACGACCCCAACGCGAGAGACUUUAUCAACGAUUACAACUAAGCAAACUUCAACGAUAAUUACUACUGUUGGUGAUGGCGAUGACGACAUAAUAUUAGUACGUUGCCUGGUACCUGGUUUUGCGACCAUGGUGACCUGGCACAGCGUUAUGUGGCCCGAAACACAGAUUCAUCUGACAGAACUGCCGAACUUGCGUGUUGAAGUGCUUUUAGAAAUAACCGAUUCGAAAAAAUUAUAUGGUUUGAUUUGGUUUAGUAGCGUUGUGGAUGAUUACUAUAGCAUGACAGUUAACUACAAUCAAUAUGGGCUGGGUUGUGUUGGACCCAUCAGCUAUACAACAAUUGUGGCCAAUCUGUUACCAAAUACUGCCUACACAUUUUGUUUGAUGCCCAACGAUGAUUUAAAAAUUUCUCCAUAUCACUGUGAUUCACUACACAUGAAUUCUAAUCUUCAAGUAGUCUAUAAUACAUGGUUGUCGCGUGACAUGCGGUUCACGGGCAUAUCGUUGACCGUACUUGGUGUGUUACUUACUUGCCUCUUGGGCAUUGCCAGCGUAUACAUGCUACUAAAACAUAAGCCAACACUGUUGAAGGGUAGUAAACGUGUGAAAACCACAAGCGCCAACUCAAUGGAUAUAGUCAUCUUUCCAAAGCAGCACUCAUUGGAGAAUUUGAAGCUCAAGGAACAGACAUUGGCGCAGCGCACUUCUCACAGCGCCUACGACACUUCCAAUAAUAGUCCUAUCUCCAACAAUCACAUAAUACGUCGUGAUUCCGUUGUUAGUGUUGAGAGUAAUCAAAGUUAUAUGAAUGCUAACUUAUACGAAGUAAUACCGGCUUAUCUUCGUAUACAAGAUGCCGCUUCCGAUUAUGAGAAGAAGUCACUUGAAUUGGAAUCUAUUGACAGUUACAUGUCAACCUUGGCACCCAAAUACGAAUGCACUUCAGUCAGUUAUGCAGAAGUUUUGCCCCGAAACAAACGUGCUUCAAAUGAUCCACUGCCAGCUUUACCAACAGCACGGACGUCUAGUACAACUACUCUUGCGCUGGUGCCUCCUGCGUCGAUGCCAAUAUAACUGUGACGGAAGCGAAUGAGAAUGCAGAGAGCUGAGAUAAUAAAAUGUAGGGAGCGUGGCGAUGUUCACAAAUAUGAGAACUCGAACAAUAUCACUAAAUUAAAACUGUAUACGUGUAGAGUAUGUAAAUCUAUGUAUUCUGUUAACGAUGUA